CCUGGCGAACGCGAAGGAUCUUCUGUUGAAUUGUGUCCUUGGUCUGUCAGCUCUAACAUUUAUUCACCGACGACGUAAUCUAUCACCACCAUGAUGUCCGUUUGAAAUUAUUUAGCCUACAGAGUGUCCGAGCUCGGCUUCUCCAUUCCACUCGCUAAUUAAUCACGUUCUUGAUACUCCUUCGCCCUUCCUAGACGCGUCAACUUGGCGAAUUGACCGGUUAUGGGAAAGCAGCUCCGACUCUGAAAAUCCGCAACACGGGAACCGUCAACGAAGAAGCACGCUCCACCCAUAUGCCCCUGGCGGGCAUGUGCUCGCAAUGCAAUUCAGCCCUCUACAAUCGCGUCUUGCAGCACCGCUGCUGACAACACCGCGGCUACUUCUCUUGCUCCACCUGGUCGUCCUAUUUCUUGGUUCCGCCCAAGCCGUGGAAGCUAGUGGCUCACGUAUCUACUCCCCAAACAAAGGCGAGCUACACGACGCCAUCAACAAAGAGUAUGGGCCUCGGCUUCCUUACCCAUUCGACUUGGCCGGACUCGAUGCCAGCCUUAUCAAAAGGGCCCCUCCAGGAAUAACUGGGCUCCUCAACAAUGUCAGAGAGAACCGGAAUGUCCGUCCCGGCGAAACACAGCACUUCGUCUUCGAGGCCAUUCAUAUAUUCGGUGCCGAUGACGAGGAUGGAGAGAAUACCAACGACGGUGACGGUGCUACCGACUCCAUUCAAGCACGGGACCAUGGCAAUGAAACGUUAGUCUAUGACCUGAAUGGACCUGACGACAAGGUUAGGUUAGGCAAGCCAAAGCCUGCACCUAGUCUCCAACGCAGACAGCGGAACCCGAAGACAGUUUACAUCUCUGCGACUACAUGCAUGCAACCACAACGAAAAAACAACAACACAUCUGUGGAUCCGCCCCAAAUCAGCCUGUUCGUCUCUACAUCGGAGGACAUUCAGAAGCCUGGUCCAGACACGCCCCGUUCUGGGCGACUUUUCGAGGCCUUUGACGAAGGAGCCGUCAAGCUAAGUGUCAACGCUUCUGGGGAUGUGUUCUUUAGCAUUUCUGCUCCUAUGAGAAAUGAUGAGAUGUUUGAGGGUGACUGGAAUUUUGACGUCGCCGUCUCGACCGACAUGUUCUUCCACAGCUACGAGGUCACUUCAGGCGGGUUACUUUGGGUGGACAGUGAUUCCAGUGCUGCGGUCCUCACAACCCGUAACCUAACCGAUACAUACGACCCCGAAGAGGUUCAGCAAAUCAUGGACGGCGGACCUCAAUAUGUCAUGUUUGUUGACAGUGAGGAUGGUUGGGCCACGAGAGGUAUUAGGCAUUCCAUGUGCGGCCUCUCUCAAUACGCCCCAAUGUCCGCUAAGGUCGCUGGUCCUUUUGGCGACAAGGCCACCACGUUCCUGACUACUAGGGGACCGGGAGGCUUACCGAAGCAACAAUUUCACUUCACCAACCUGGAUCCAAAGAGCACGUAUUUAGGCAUCCUGGCAUACACUGGUACGGAGACUCUGAAGCGCCAGCUCUCCAAUCGUGCCGGUGGUGGGGGACAAAUCUUCCAAGCCACGCAAUUCGAGACGAAAGAAGGGGAUAACUGCAAAAUCAUUACGAACCUGGACUUCUGCAAUGAGACGGAGUACGCCGUCCCCGCGAACGACAACAGGUUCACCGUCUCUCAGCUCGCGCAAUUUUACGAUGAGAUGGCUAGGGACAAGUACCGCUAUUUUGAGAGACAGCUCGCGCAAGUCGCCUGCGAAGCUCCGCAGGAGCAGCGCUACUCUCUGGUUCGCAACUGUACCGAUUGCGCGGUGGCCUACAAGAAGUGGCUUUGCUCCGUCCUCAUACCGCGCUGUGAAGACUUUUCGAGCGAAAACACUUUUUACCUGGUCCGGAAUGUGAACCAAUCUUUUCCGAACGGCACUCGUUUACCCGAUAGCGUUAUCUCUCAGUUCCCGGGCAGCAAACAUCAACAUUCCCGACAUGCGCGUAUCGAUGAGGAGGUGCAGCCGGGUCCGUAUCGCGAGGUUUUGCCAUGCGAGGACCUGUGCUAUGAUCUCGUGCGCAACUGUCCUUCGUCACUCCAAUUCAGCUGCCCUCGGCCCCAGCAGGCAAUGUUUAACGCGAGCUACCAGGUCCGCGGGUCUGGGUUGACUUGUAAUUUCCCCGGAUCGGUCCAUAACCCGUCUGGGUCCUCGGUGUUGAGCACAUCGUGGACUUUAUUCUAUAUGGCUGCUCUCGCAGGCAUUGGCAUGAUCUCUCUUUGAUGUGAGGCUGGGGAGGAAUUUCGAAUUUGCGCUGG